AUGUUAUUGCAGUUACGUAUAUUUCUCGUGUUCUUUUAUAUUUUGGAGCCGAUAUUAUGUUCACCAUUAACCAUUGAAUUAUCCAAUGAUAUCAAAGAGACACCACAAUGUUAUUACAUUUUGACACCAGAUAUUGAAUGUACGAUAUCAUAUUAUUUCAGUGUACAAUCAGGAGAAGAUGGUAAUUAUAACAUUGAUUAUAAGAUAUAUGCACCAGAUGAUAAAUAUAGACCAAUUAUUGAACGAUAUAAUGAACGUCAAGGAGAAUGGUCCUUUGUAGGGGAACAUAAGGGUGAAUAUAAAAUUUGCUUCGAAGCUAGUAUCCCCUUGAAGAAGAGAAUUAUUGAUUUUGAUUUCAAUUAUGAUAUUGCUGCUGAGAAGAAUAAGGGCAAGAACGUUGAUGUGAGAUAUGAAAGAAGGCUUGAAAGGAAAAAUCAAAAGAAGUUAAGAGAUGUUAAGAAUGGCAAGGAUAGAUUACAAAGCUCCAUUGAAGAUUCUAUAGAUAAUGUGGAAAGACAGUUGUACAUGUUAGAAAGGGACUUGCAAUAUUAUAAGAAUAGGAAUACAAGAAAUCACUAUACCGUGAAGUCUACCGGGAACAGAAUAACCAUUUUUUCCAUGUAUGGUAUAUUAUUAAUUAUUGCCAUGUGUGGUAUUCAAUUAUUUGUGUUAGAAUGGGUCUUCAAGAAAUCUCGUAAGCAUGCUGUAUGA